ACCGUCUGGUACAUUGCAAAGUCAACACAGUGCUUUGAAAAAUCACCGAACACUUGUGUGACCCCGAAACACGUUCAGUUCUCGUUCACAUCUCUGUUUACUCAACUCGUAUAACAGAUUAGCAGGUGCAGCCACUGAUGCACCAAAUGUGCGAAUUUGUGAUGUCAUUAAUGGAACACCCUGACUUAAUUGAUGAUUGAUUGGUGAGAGAAAACUAAAGGAAAUGUCAACAGUGGUGGCAGACUUAAAGCACGAAUGGUAGAUUGGUGGUUUAAACAACAUUUACAUGAAAACACCACAAUGACUGAAGUUUACAUUGAGGGCAGGCUGUCUAAGGAUGAUACCAUCUGUCUUUCAUUGACAUCUAGUUCAAUUUUGUUUGUCAUACAAUAUUGUCAAUCUGUUCCUAUUAAGUUGGUAAUUGUUGACAAAGGAACUCAUAAUAAUGAUUAUGUCACUGUACAGUCCUUGGAUUCACUUUGUAAUUUGAACUACCUGUUUGCCGAUGAAGCUUCAUUGCCAGGAUUGAUUAAAAACUGUUCUUUGCCGGUGGCAUAUGAUUCCCAUGCAGCAAUGAUCCGUUCGGGUUUGUGCUGCACAGUUCGACACAUUAUCAAGUUGGCCCACACUGCCAUUCCAGACAACAGUUUUCAAGAUCUUCUGGGAUUUCGACAGGGAAGUCUGAGAAUGUGUGCAGAGGUUUCAGGUUGGACUAAAUUAUGUGAAGUGGAACUUAGUUCUAGUGUUGCUCAGUUAAUAGGUGAAAUCAGGAAAGCUGAUAUAAAUGAAUCGGUGAACAUACCACAAGAUUUGGCCAGAUUAGAAGCUCAUAUGAAAACAUCACCUCUUGUUCACAAUGAUAACAAACUCAAAAGAAAAAUUGUUCAGUUUUUAAAGAAAGAUGUGCAAGAUCCCAAAGAAAGAGAACAUGUUCUGCAAUGUUGUCGUAGAGAAAACAAUUGUUUGGUGCUGGAAACAGAUGAGACUUUUCCCCAUGGUAUCCGAAGAUAUGUAUGCAAAAAAGUGGAAAUAUGUGAGGUUGAUGUAACAGAUGUUGGUUCAAGUAAAAUGAAAAGUGUUGAUGGUGUAACUGGUACUGGGAAUCAUGUUUGUGAAGGGAAUAAGGGAAGCAACUCUUUUGACUUUGUUUCAGCCAUAAUGAGAUUAUCUUUCAUGGAUGUGGAAAUAGUACACUUGUAUUCUGAAGGGAUUGAGAUGACGAUUGCUGACCUUAUUCUGUUUGUUUAUUUUUAUCAUUUGAUGGAAUCUGUCAAUUUUGAGCUGCAUGUUCUCAAAGAUUACAUUCCACGAAUCGUCCAGUGGUUUUGUCACAUGUGUUCUAUAAAUCAAAUUCAGAAGACCGGUGAAAGCUGUGGUUUCAACAUGGAUGGCCUAAUACAGGGUUUAAAUCAAACAUCACCAUCAGAUCAACAUUUCCAUCUAGUCUUGCCAGAUACAUCAAACACUGAACAUGAAGAUGUUGAACUUUGCCGAAGAAAUAAGAGCAAUUUUAAAGCCUACAAGCCGGAUGUUGUGCAAGUAUUAAACAAAAUCAAAGAGAGUACAAUUCAUGUUCGGACAGGUCAGCACACCCGUGGACAAAAUGUUCAACUUGCAUGGGAUCAGUUGCCUUCAGGAGUCCAUCCAAAAGAAGGAUCUGUGCCAGAAAAGCGAGUGGAGCGCAAGUGUCUACAGCUGGAAAACCUGAUUACUGCUGUCAUGGACAUUGCUCGUGAAGGAAAUAUCAUUGUUGACUUCUGCAGUGGUGGUGGACAUCUUGGGAUUGCAAUAGCCUAUCUUCUACCUAGCUGUAAGGUUUACAUGAUUGAGAAUAAAGAAGAAUCAUUGAUGAAAGCCAGACAGAGGAUGGACCAGCUUAGACUCACCAAUGUGGUCUUAUUCCAAUGCAAUCUCGAGUACUUCGAUGGCCAUUUUGACAUUGGUGUCAGUCUGCAUGCCUGUGGAGUUGCCACAGAUAUGGUAUUGCAACACUGUCUUGACCACAAUGCAGCAUUCGUCAUUUGUCCUUGUUGUUAUGGCAGCAUGCAGAAGACUCAUUUGAUUUCCUACCCAAGAAGUGAACUCUUUACUGAAGCAGGAAUAACCUACAAGGAGUUCCUAACACUGGGCCAUGCAGCAGAUCAAACAGAGUUUAAAAUGAAGUUGGAGGACCAAGGACGAUAUUGCAGCAAUUUAGUCGACACAGACCGGGCAGAGCUUGCCAGAGAGAAAGGCUAUCAUGUGACACUGUGUUCUCUUUAUCCUCUGUCGUGCACUCCAAAAAAUAAUCUGUUGAUUGGGACACUUAAAAUAUAAUCCAUGUGCAAUAUUCCACGAACUAUGCAGUACCAAGUUUUGAAAAAAACACCAUUAACUAGUUCUAGUUGAGUUUGUAGUACCGGUACAAGAGACAAAAGAAGAGGAAAACAUAUUUUCAUGAACCUAACCUCCCCUCCUGACAUCUCUACUCCACUACACUACAAUCAACAGGUUAAGUAUUCAUUAAAAAAACCACUAAAAAAAUUGUCUUCAUUUUCUUUAGUUGAAUGUUGAAAUGUUGUGUUGUGACGGGAUCUUAAAUAUUUUGAACAAUGUUUACAAUUUUCUUUUAUUACAAAAUUGUUUAACCCUUUUUACAGUACCAAUUCUUUCCUAAAUGAUGGAUUGAUUUCUUUUAAUUGAGAGUGAAGAAUUUAAGUUGAUAACUUUGUAAAGAGAAAUCUUGUCUCUUAAUAAUCAUGUCUUAAAGACAUACUGUCACAGAUUUAAGGACCUUAUUUCUCCAAAAGUAUAUAAUAAAUGAAAAUCACAUCAAUGUUUGGAAACCAAAUUUGGCUAUUGAAUCACCGUAACUAAACUCUGAUGGAGUGAAAUCCAUGUCAAUCCUAUUGACAAUAUUAAUUUUUAAAUUAUGGACCAUUGCCAUAAUUAAAUAAUUUUUUUACAAAAUAUCAUUAAUAAGUGGAGUAUGAUGGUUAAUUAGAUUGUUGAAUAAAGUACAUUUUGGGACAAAUCAAAUACAUAUUUUUCAUGUAAUACUUUGUUAGGCCAUUUAAUAGGUCAGUGGUCUGUGACAAUAUGCCUUUAAUAACAACUUAAACAAACCUGUAGUCUGUCAAAAAAGAAGCAACUAAUGAAUUCAGAAGAAGACCUUUAAUUUGAAAGUGUAUACUAUAUGUCCAAAGCCAGCAAUUGGUGGAAUAUUGGAAAGUAUUUUAUAAUUCCAACGAUCUUGCUUACAAUACAUUUUAAAUAUACAUACAAUUACUACUUUAUGCAAUUGUUAUUUUGUGUUUAAAAUUCCCAUUUGUAUGAAAACAUAUUUAAAACCACUGAGACUACAAGCAAUCACAAAAGGAAAGUAAUGUAAAUUACUUUUAGAGUUUACAAGAUACAUAUUAAUGUGUACUGUACAUGUAUGUUAUGUAAUUUUUAUAUUUUGUAUAAUCAAAUUUAUUUUGUAAAAUUUUUAGUAGAAGAAAUAAACCAUAUCAUUAAG